AUGGCGGCGGCGGGGCUUCACUUGGUGCUCGUGCCGCUGGUGGCGCAGGGCCACAUCAUCCCGAUGGUGGACCUGGCGCGCCUCCUCGCCGGCCGGGGCGCGCGCGUCAGCGUGGUCACCACGCCCGUCAACGCCGCGCGCAACCGGGCCGUCGUCGACAGCGCGCGGCGGGCGGGGCUCGACGUCGAACUCGCGGAGGUCGCGUUCCCCGGCCCGGGGCUCGGGUUGCCGGAGGGGGUGGAGAACAUCGACAUGGUGGUGGAGGAGAAAGACCACUUCAUGCCCUUCUUCCAGGCCUUGUGGAAGAUGGACGAGCCGCUGGACGAGUACGUGCGGUCGCUGCCCCGGCGUCCCGACUGCCUCAUCGCCGACACGUGCAACCCGUGGACGGCGGGGGUGUGCGCCCGCCACGGCAUCCCUCGCCUCGUGCUGCACUGCCCGUCCGCCUACUACCUCCUCGCCACGCACUGCCUGUCCACGCACGGCGUGUACGACCGCGUCGCCGACGAGCUGGAGACGUUCGAGGUGCCGGACUUCCCCGUGCGCGCCGUCGGGAACAGGGCCACGUUCCGCGGCUUCUUCCAGUGGCCUGGAAUGGACACCUACGAGCGCGACGUCGUCGAGGCCGAGGCCACCGCCGACGGCCUACUCAUCAACACGUUCCGCGACCUCGAGGGCGUCUUCGUCGACCGCUACGCGGCGGCGCUGGGCAGGAAGACGUGGGCCAUCGGGCCGACGUGCGCCUCCGGCGGCCUGGACGCGGACGCGAUGGCCGGCCGGGGCAACCGCGCCGACGUCGACGUCGGCCUCGUCCUGUCGUGGCUCGACGCCCGGCCGGCGUCGUCCGUACUCUACAUCAGCUUCGGCAGCCUCGCGCAGCUGUCGCCGAAGCAGGUCAUCGAGCUCGCCCGGGGCCUCGAGGCGUCCGAGCGGCCGUUCGUGUGGGCCAUCAAGGAGGCCAAAUCCAACGCCGACGUGCAGGCGUGGCUCGCCGAGGGGUUCGAGGAGCGCGUCGCGGACAGGGGCCUCCUCGUCCGCGGGUGGGCGCCGCAGGUGACCAUCCUCUCGCACCCCGCGGUGGGCGGCUUCUUGUCCCACUGCGGGUGGAACGCCACGCUGGAAGCCAUCACCCACGGCGUGCCGGUGCUGACGUGGCCCUACUUCGCCGACCAGUUCUGCAGCGAGCGGCUGCUCGUCGAGGUCCUCGACGUCGGCGUCAGGUCCGGCGCCAAGCUGCCGCCCAUGAACCUACCGGAGGAGGCCGAGGGGGUGCAGUUGACGAGCGCCGACGUGGAGAAGGCGGUGGCCGAGCUCAUGGACGUGGGCCCCGACGGGACGGCGAGGAGGGCGAGGGCCAAGGAGCUCGCCGCGAAGGCGAAGGCAGCCAUGGAGGAAGGCGGGUCGUCGUACGCCGACUUGGACGACAUGUUGCGCCACGUCGUGGAGCUAAGCAUGAAGAAGAGCCACGAGGAGGGCACGGGCGUGAGCACUCUGCCUUCUGCGCCACAGCUUGGGAGUAAGAACAAGGAGAGCAUAGGAGCCGGCGCCGCCUUGUCAGUAGAGUCCUAA